AUGGACGACAACUGGACUCCAUCGUCCUGGACUUCAAAGCCAAUAAAGCAAGAGGUUGUCUAUGAAGACAAGGAGCGCUUUCAGGCUGCUCUGCAGAAAUUGCAGAGACUACCGCCCUUGGUGACUCCUUACGAGGUUGCAAAUCUUAAAGACAGUCUGAAAAAUGCGGCGCUCGGAAGAGCGUUCGUCCUUCAAGGUGGUGACUGUGCUGAGCUCUUUGACUAUUGCAACCAGGAUAUGAUCGAAUCCAAAAUCAAGUUGAUUUUGCAAAUGAGCUUGAUUUUGAUCUGGGGAUCGAAUAAACCAGUUAUUCGCAUCGCACGGAUCGCUGGCCAAUUCGCAAAACCACGAUCAAGCCCCUGUGAGACGAUAAAUGGCGUAACAAUGCCAUCUUUCCGCGGAGACAAUGUCAAUGGCUUUGACCCAACGCCCGAAUCUCGUAAACCUGACCCGUCAAGGCUGGUUUCAGCCUAUUUCCAUUCCGCGGCGACUCUCAACUACGUUCGCAGUGCACUCUCGUCUGGGUUUGCGGAUCUCCACUCCCCUCUGGACUGGGGUCUAGGACACAUCACCACCCCAGCGAUCAAAGAAAAAUACGAAAGAAUAGUUUCCCGACUCACAGACUCUCUCCGCUUCAUGCAAACGGUCGGACUUGAUACCGACCGCGGCAUUGAAACCGUAGACUUCUACGCCAGCCACGAGGGUCUCAUGCUCGAAUACGAACAAAGCCUAACCAGACUUUUAAAACACCCCGCGAUAGCUCUUCCAGGGUCGGACAACACCACCGCACGGCGGGUCAGCAUGCACUCUAGACCCUCGCCGACUGGGUACUACGCAACAUCCGCCCAUUUCCUCUGGAUCGGUGAUCGCACCCGCCAACUUGACGGGGCGCACGUUGAGUUCUUCCGCGGUAUAUCCAACCCAAUCGGCAUUAAAAUCGGGCCUACCAUGCAACCAGACGAACUAAUCUCCCUCCUCGACAUCGUCAACCCCUCCCGAGAAAUCGGGAAAGUCACUCUAAUAUCUCGCUACGGCGCAUCAAAAAUCGCAGAGUAUCUGCCCGCACAUAUCAAAGCCGUGCAGGCCUCGGGGCACGUACCAGUCUGGCAGUGCGAUCCUAUGCAUGGAAACACCCGUGCGACUCCAUCGGGGGUGAAAACCAGACAUUUUACCGAUAUCCUAUCCGAAUUAAAGCAGGCCCUGGAAAUCCACCGCUCUCUUGGCUCCUACCUCGGAGGCAUGCACCUCGAAUUAACCGGAGAGGCGGUAACAGAGUGUGUAGGCGGAGCAGCAGGUUUGACUGAAGACGGCCUGAGCGAGCGAUACGAGACGUUCUGCGACCCGAGAUUGAACGAAAAGCAAGCCUUGGAAUUGGCAUUUUUGGUAGCCGGAUUCUACCGUGAAGAAUUGGAUGAGCCGGUUGCGAAUACCAUUUGA